GAACACCACAGCGAGUCAAUUGCCAUUGAGAAGUGACCAACUGUCUUACUUGCCUGAUGUUAACUAACUCAAUCCAAGGUGCCUGGUGGUUUCCUUACUUCUUCUUCUUCUUCUUUGUAACCGUGUGCAGUCUACAGGCAAUGACAAUGUCAAAUAACACAAUGUAUAUGUACAACAAAGACAAGUGCACAUUUCGUGAAUACAAUCCCACCAAAGUCAUACAUCUCUACCCUUAUAAUGUGCAGGACAUCGUAGCCAACGGCAACAAAUCGAAACGUGCACGUAUUUGUACAAUGACGUUUGCAAUUCGGCACAAUGAGCGUUUGCGGUUGACCAUAGACUUUUUGAGGAUACGGACUUGCAAAGUGACUGCUCGUCUUUACUUACUACAAGAGAUGAACCAACUUGAUUUACGGGUACGUUAA